AUGUCCACUGCAAGUGAUUGGCAGCAAGACCAUGAGAUAGAGAAGAAGAUCAAGCGGGAGUCAUCAGCAUCUGAGGCUGGCCGGAUGAUGGCGGCGCGGAGGAGCAGCAGCCUGCCUACGGCGGGCGCCGGGCCUGGGUCGGCCCCAUCGUUCAACACGAUGACUCCUUGUGCAGCGUGUAAGCUGCUCCGGCGGCGUUGUGCGCAGGAGUGCACUUUCUCACCCUUCUUCUCGCCGAUGGAGCCGCACAAGUUCGCCUCGGUUCAUAAGGUCUUUGGUGCCAGCAACGUCUCCAAGAUGCUCCUGGAGGUGCACGAGAGCCAGCGCAGCGACGCGGCGAACAGCCUGGUGUACGAGGCGAACCUGCGGCUCCGUGAUCCCGUGUACGGCUGCAUGGGCGCCAUCAUCACCCUUCAGCAGCAGGUGCACGCCCUCGAGGCCGAGCUCGCCGGCGUCCGCGCGGAGAUCACCAAGCACAGGUACCGCCCAUCUGCCUCUGCAGCCGUGAAUGUGCCACCCUCUUCGCACGCAUCCCAGCUCCUCGCUGCGUCGGCAGCAGGAGGCCAACGGCAGGCUGAAUCGUCCUUGGGAGUGGGCGUCGCUGCUGUGGCAGGGCCUGUGGCUUCCGCGUCGUCGUCGACGACGGUGUACGCCGCCGCGUCGAGCUCCACUGACUACAGCUCCAUCACGCAUGAAAAUGUUCCAUAUUUCGGUUGA